AUGUGUAUUCAGCGAUCGAUAUCCCUUUUACGUCUUAUGUCUAUAUUCCCUGAGGAUCGACGGUUGGUUGGGCCUAGGAACAGAGCAGAGCGCAGAGAGCCGGGCUGGAAUAUCAGUCCGCCCACCGCCAACAUUCCUUCGUCAACCUCCCCACGCGCCAUUCCCCUCCGCACCCUCUCCGAUUCCCCGACCCUGUUCGCACUGGAAUCCGCCAGCGAGAAGGGCAGCCGUCGGUCUUCCCAUUCGUCGACUCGCUCGCGCGAGUCAGACUUCUCCGUCUGGUCAGACACCGGCGACCUUGCCGAACAGCUCGCCGAGGCCGAGGAUCCGCUCCAGAUCCGCCUCCACAGGUCGCUCAACCGGGAGCUCCUGGGGGGAGGUCGAAGGAAGCCCUCCAAGCGGGUCCACUACCCGCCUGAUCUCGACCACCACGACCCGAUCGACGCUGAGAAGGAGCAGAUCCAGAUCCCUAACCCCCUUCCGCGACGAAUCUCGAGAGCCGAGCGCCUCUUAGUCGCCAUCAUGUCCCCUCGAAACGGGCAGAAUGCCCAACUCCAUGGCUUGGUGGGCAAGCCCUUGCUAGGAUGGUACUUUCGUGAUUACUUCAAUCAGCCCUCUCGGGCCACCAUCGGAACCGUGGUGGCCAUUCUGGAAAUCGGUGCGUUCAUUUCCUCCCUCCUGGUCGGCCGUAUUGGCGACGUGAUCGGCCGUCGGCGGACGAUUCUCUAUGGCUCGAUGGUGUUCUUCAUCGGAGGCGCUUUGCAGACCUUCGCAGCCAGCAUGCCCAUGAUGAUGGUGGGGCGAAUCAUCGCCGGUCUUGGUGUUGGUGCCUUGUCCACCAUUGUACCAGUCUAUCAAUCGGAAAUUUCGCCUCCCCAUAACCGUGGCAAAUUGGCCUGUAUUGAAUUCACCGGCAAUAUUGCCGGAUAUGCCACCAGUGUCUGGGUGGACUAUUUUUGCAGUUUCAUCGAAUCAGAUAUCUCGUGGCGCCUGCCCUUGCUAUGCCAGUGCGUCAUGGGUGCCUUGCUGGGUGUUGGAAGCUUGAUUAUCUGCGAAUCUCCCCGGUGGCUUCUCGAUAACGAUCACGACGAGGAAGGUAUGGUGGUCAUCGCAAACCUUUACGGCGAGGGUGAUAUCCAUUGCGAGGAGGCACGCCAAGAGUAUCGAGAGAUUAAGAUGAACGUCCUCCUGCAACGACAGGAGGGGGAACGGUCCUACUCAGAUAUGUUUAGGCGCUAUUGGAAGCGAGUUCUGAUUGCCAUGUCCGCACAAGCAUUGGCCCAGCUGAACGGGAUCAACGUGAUCUCCUACUAUGCCCCGCUGGUCUUUGAAUCCGCCGGCUGGGCGGGCCGGGACGCCAUUCUCAUGACGGGCAUCAACGGCAUUUCAUACCUUCUCUCGACCGUUCCGCCAUGGUAUCUGGUGGAUGGCUGGGGCCGACGGCCGAUUCUUCUCUCCGGCGCAGUGGCCAUGCUCAUCUCCCUCUCUCUGAUUUCCUACUUUAUUCACAUUGAGAUUAAGGCGACCCCGACGCUGACCGUCGUUUUCGUGAUGAUCUAUAAUGCCGCCUUCGGGGCGUCCUGGGGUCCCAUUCCCUGGCUCUACCCACCCGAGAUUCUGCCUCUGAGCAUUCGCGCCAAGGGUGCCAGUCUCAGCACGGCUAGCAAUUGGGCCUUCAACUGGCUUGUUGGUGAAUUGACCCCCAUCUUGCAGGGUGCGAUCGGGUGGCGACUCUAUCUCGUGCAUGCGUUUUUCUGCGCCUGCAGCUUUGUGGUUGUGUACUUCUUAUAUCCCGAGACCAGCGGGGUUCGCCUGGAAGACAUGAAUGUCUUAUUCGGCGAUGCCUCCACCGCGAUGCCCACCCCGGCCACCGUUGGCGAGCGGGGAUCAUUGAUGGGUCCGGGGUCGCCCGUGCCCUCGCUGGACAUUCGCCGGCCGUAUGGCCAGUUUGGCACCGACAGUGCUAUUCCCGGGCUGGACAUCGACCCCCCCUCCCUGGGUCAUGACGGGCCGAGUAAAUCGGGGCCAUCGAAUGCCCAGUCUGGCAGUCACCGGGGUGAGGGGAUUGGCGGUUGGAUCUCCAACAUGGUCAACCGCCAUCGGAGAGGCAGCACGGGAACUCACCCGAGCCAGUAUAGACGCCUGGAACAAGGAGAUGAUGGGGAUGAGCAUUAG